AUGUAACUUUUAAUGAUGAAGAAUGAAUGUGUACCUAUAUUUCAGAGAUCAAUUGAAGAUAUUUUACUAAGCGGAUUUAAAAGGUUAAAGGGAAACAAGAGAGAGCGAUAAGUCAAGCAGAUUAAGUUGUUUAAGAGUACCAGGAGGAUAAUUAGACUGAAAUUUAUGAUUUAUAAAAGAAAUGGAGGAUUAAAAAGGGAGGAGGAGAUGUAAUUAGGAUUUAGAGAAAGAGGAGUCAGUGAUCAAGAGUUGGAAUAAGUAAAUAAAUAAGUUGACGAAUUCGACUAUAAAAAGAGAUUAUAAGAUGAAUUAUUGAUGAUAGAAAAAGGUGUAUCUAAAUUUAAUUUCUUAAUGGAAAAAAUUAAUUAAGUAGACGCAAAAAUUAGUCGAAGUUUGGAUUGGCAGUAUUGUAUGAAUAGUUAUUUAAACAGGCUUUGGGAUGAUUAACUAGAAUUGAAACAAGAUAUUGGACCUUUUUACUAUAAUGAAUUUUGAAAAAAAGGAUA